AUGCUGAAAGGAAAGAAGGCCAAGGGGAAGAAGGUGGCUCCAGCCCCUGCUGCCGCGAAGAAGCAGGAGGCCAAGAAAGUGGUGAAUCCACUAUGUGAGAAAAUUCCUAAAACUUUUGGCAUUGGACAGGACAUCCAGCCCAAAAGAGACCUCACCCGCUUUGUGAAAUGGCCCUGCUAUAUCAGGUUGCAGCGGCAGAGAGCCAUCCUCUAUAAGCAGCUGAAAGUGCCUCCUGCAAUUAACGAGUUCACCCAGGCCCUGGACCACCAAACAGUUACUCAGCUGCUUAAGCUGGCCCACAAGUACAGACGAGAGAUGAAGCAAGAGAAAAAGCAGAGGCUGGACAUCCCGACUAACAGACCACCUGUCCUUCGAGCAGGAGUCAACACCAUCACCACCUUGGUUGAGAACAAGAAAGCGCAGCUGGUGGUGAUUGCUCAUGAUGUGGAUCCCAUUGAGCUGGUUGUCUUCUUGCCUGCCAUGUGUCAUAAAAUAGGAGUCCUUUACUGCAUUAUCAAGGGGAAGGCAAGACUGGGACGUCUAGUCCACAGGAAGACCUGCACCACUGUCGCCUUCACACACAUUAAUCCAGAAGACAAAGGUGCUUUGGCAAAGCUGGUGGAAGCUAUCCGCACCAACUACAAUGACAGAUAUGAUGAGAUCCGCCGUCACUGGGGAGGCAAUGUCCUGGGUCCCAAGUCUGCGUCUCACAUCGCCAAGCUCAAAAAGGCAAAGGCUAAAGAACUUGCCACAAAACUGGGUUAA